AUGAGUGAGCCACUUUUGAAUUCGAACCAAACAGCUCGAUCUUCUGCCGAAGAAGAGCAGGAUUAUAGCGAGGAUAUAUCUUUAGAUAACAGCUGGGUUCCUAAUGAAAAAAGACCCUCUUGCAUGCGUCGAUAUCGCAAAUGGAUUAUUACUGGCUGCACUGCGACUGUAUUAUCAGUCAUUGGUAUAGCCAUUUCAAUGAGUUUUAAUGGAAAUUCCACCGAGGAUGCGAUCGAGGAGGGAACUAAUAAAGAUUCCUCUCGAUCAUGGGUCUACAACCAACAGCCAACAAGAUUCUUUAGCUCAUCAUCUUCACAAAAACCAAAGAAUGUAAUCAUGAUGAUUAGCGAUGGACUCGGACCAGCUUCAGUCUCAUUUGCCCGAACUUAUUAUCAAUACACACAAAAUCAGCCCUAUGACUACGAGAUGCCUCUGGAUAAAAUCCAUGUUGGACAGUCCAGAACCAGAAGCUCAUCUACCCUCGUUACUGAUAGUGCUGCCGGUGCUACAGCAUUCAGCUGUAAUAUGAAGACUUACAACGGUGCAGUUGGAGUGGGCCCCAAAAAGAAUCCUUGUGGAACUAUACUUGAAUCUGCCAAGCAUGCACAAGGAAUGUUGACCGGAUUGGUUGCAACAUCUCGUAUUACUCAUGCUACACCCGCUUCUUUCUCGGCUCAUGUGCAAGACAGAGAUAACGAAAAUGCGAUUGCAAAACAACAAAUAGGCGAUAACCCACUAGGAAGGAGCGUCGAUUUGAUGUUUGGCGGUGGAUAUUGUCACUUCCUACCAAAAUCAGAGAAGGGCGGAUGCAGGUCUGAUUCCCGACAUCUAUUGGAUGAAGCAACAAGCAAAUAUAACUGGACUACGGUCAUGUACAAUAGUAAAAAGGCAUUCGAGGCCUUGCCAUCUGAUGAAAGCAUAUUGCCUGCCAUCAGCCUAUUCUCAUCCGAUCACAUGGAAUAUGAAAUUGACAGAGAUUCUCAAACUCAACCCAGUUUGACAGAAAUGUCAAAAAAGGCCUUAGAUGUUCUGUACAAAGCAACUGAAAAAAAGGAGAAAGGCUUCUUUUUGAUGAUUGAAGGCAGUAGAAUUGAUAUGGCGGCCCACUCGAAUGAUGCUGCAACGCAUGUGCACGAGAUCUUGGAGUAUCAGAACACAAUCGAACUCGUCAAGAAAUAUGUAGAUGAACACCCAGACACAAUCAUGAUUUCCACCAGCGAUCACGAAACUGGCGGUCUAUCACUAGCAAGACAAGUAGCCAAGACAUACCCCGAGUAUUUAUGGUAUCCAGAUGUAUUGACUAAAGUGAGGAGUUCGACCAUUAAACUCGAAGGCUUGAUCAAUCAACAGCCCGCCUUGACAAGGGAGUUCAUUGUGGAUACAGUGCUGAAAGAUCAUCUUGGCAUUACAGAUGCUACGGAAAAAGAGAUUAAACAGCUAAUGAAGAAGAGCAAUUUGGAUAAAUAUUUAGCAGAUAUGGUAUCCAUCCGAGCACAGCUAGGCUGGGCAACGCAUGGCCAUAGUGGUGUUGAUGUCAAUUUGUAUGCUUAUGGCAGCGGUUCUGAGUACCUGAUUGGAAGCCACGAGAACACACAAGUUGGCGAAUUCAUUACCAAGAUACUUGAUUUGAAUUUGACCGAAGUAACCACACGUCUUAAUCUCGAUAAGCCAUCAUUCCAUAUCAACAAUCUUACAGAAAAGGGCAAACUCGAAUACAAUGAGGAUCUCCAACAUUAUCACCAUGUACCAUCUAACUUGAAGCAUCAAGAAUUAUAA